AUCACUGAGGUAGUGUGUUAACUAUUCCCUCUGCCUUUUGUCAUCGUUAAUAUUCAUGGUUCAUUUGUUGGUAUUUCAAACUUUACACCGCCUUUGAUUUACAAGCAGAACUUUCGUCAUUUAAUUUUGACGCGGGUAAAACAUGUCUCUCUUCUCCCUCCCCCCCCCCCCCCCCCCUCCAUCCAGUUUGUUCUAUAGUGAUUGUUUACCUCGACACCGAUCAGUGCCUUGAUUAAAUUCCAGAUCGCAGCGCAGGAUAAACAAAUCUAGGAAAUACCCUAUGUUGCAUUGUGUGACCUUUGAAAAGAAAUCGUAGAGAUCUGUUCAUCCAUCCGUAAAAGACACACCAAUGGACAGUAGUUAUCGCCUAUUAGUGUUUACCCUAUACAGAUCCAUUCACAACUCGAGGGUCUGACAUUUAGCCUAAUGUUGUUUCUUUGAAAUGUGUGUAAACUUAAUGUUUGCAGUACUAUACUUUAUCAUGGAUCUUAAGUGAGAAUACUCAUACUGAAAUUUAAGUUUCAUCACAUACGAAUAUUUGUGAGCGUAGAAACGUUAAAAUCGUGUUAAAUGCGUAUUUCCAGUGGUACUCAAAUCUCUUCAACGGGUACUCUGUUGUGAGCCGGAAACCGGUAUUGUGUAGAUUCAUUAGUAAAUGUAAAUUCCGAUUUUACUCAAACGUUGUGUUGUUUUAUAUUUGGGUUGUUUCAGUAACUUCACUGUGCUGUAACGGUAUUUUCAGAUGCAAAACACUUGAUCUGUUUAUUAUAUCGUCAAACGAAGUGUAAGAUAUGUUCUAAAUACGAACAUCUGUAUUUUAAGAUCAUUGAGUCUGACUAGUUGGAAUAGUAUAAUUCUUAAAGUAUGCUGUAUAGAAUAACACGGCUUCUUCAUACACGUAUCAAACUCGUAUCUUUCGUCUUUGUCUUUAGAAACAUAUGUAACUAAAAAAUUUAUGCUCUACACACACAUAACUAUGUAUGUAUGUCCAAAAGUAACUGAUCACCUCUGUACUGGAUAACUAACUGCAUCAAACAUAAAUACUGGUGAACCAAGGUGUUUUCCUCCUAUUUCUUCAUUUGACAGAGUGGAGUUAGUUUAUGUAUCAUCGUCCAGAUUUAGCUUUUCUAAGUAAUCCUGAAUGACCACCAUUGAAUACUGUGGUGGUUGUUUUAAAUGAUAUGGUUGCUUACUCCUUUCAUUUUUUUUCCUCACUCAGUGAUCGUGCAUUUUCGCAACUGAUAUUACUGUCAAAAAUUUCUCUCUAAUUCCUUUGAGGUGACUGUAGCAGGCUAUAGCCGAAGAUGAUGAUCUGCUUGAAGGAUUCAUCCGCAGCUCGUGGUCUAGUGGCUAGCUUUGCUACCUCUGGAUCACGGGCUCCCGGGUUCUAUUCCCAGCCAGGUUAGGGAUCUUCUCUGGUUGGGGACUGGGUGUUUGUUUUGUCCACAUCAUUUCAUCACCACCAUCAUUCGUGGCGGUGGCUAGAUGGGAUUGUGUAAAACGUGGACUUUGAAAAAUUGGGAUGUUGUACGGGUGCUGAUGACCGUGCAGUUGAGCGCCCCACAAACCGAUAACUAUAAUGACUGAGGAUCCGCCUGGAUAAUAGAGUGUAUAAGUAGUUUUCCACAAAAGCGAGGGCUAACGCAUACUAACUUGAUUUCUUGUGACAUUGAUUUUUUUUUUUACAUAAAAAUUCUCAUAUAUCCUGUUCAUUUUAGUUGAUAUGUAAUCAUGCUAGUGGUGCAGCACUGGAUUUUUUGUCAGUCUUCAAAAUGCACCAAUUGUAGUAUUAAAAUCUGCAUUCCAAAUUAGUGUUUUGUGGAUUCUCAAUGAGAUAAGAGCUUAUAGUACUGUAGAUGUUAAUCCAGGGAUAUGUACUUCUGUGUUUUAGAACAUUUAGUGUCUAGGAAGAGCACGAUUUAAAUCUCAGUCUAAAGCGCUUGCAGAUGAUGUCAAGUUAGUGGUAGCAAAAUGGCUGUUGCUGAAUUCUUGCCUCUAGGUUUUUUUUUAACCUUAGGGUUACUGGGACAUUAAAUUCUAAACUCUCACCUAAGAUGACAGGGCUCAACAGAAGCAUCCAAUUCCACCCAUCUGCUUUGACCCAUGACGUAAGGGUGUUGUGUAUGACGUCGUCAUUGCGGAGUUUGAGUUGGUUGUGUUUGUAGAUGUCAUCUUGUAUCUGUUGGUGAUAAGUAAUUGUUUUUUUGAGACGGUUUGUUGAAAUGUUCUGUGUAUUUGUUGUGUGUUGAAUGUCUUUCAAUUUACAUAGGGAUGUUUGACUUUUGAAUUUUUGAGGUAUUGUGGUUUUGGGUUUGUUUUUUGAAGUUGUAGGUGUUGGUUUUUUCAUAUCAAUAGUUGUGGUUGACCUAUAAAGGUCAAGGGAAAUGACCGAUUCCAUUUUUUAUAGUUUUAUAUGUAGGUACUAGUGUUUUGGUAUCAUCAGCAUUGUCUGAUUCCAAUUUGUGUAGUUUUUGCUGUAGGCCUUGGUGUUUUGGUAUCGUCAGCUGCGGUUGACCUGUACCGGUCAAGGGAAGUGUUCAAUUACUAUAGAUAUUGUAAUUAUUUUUGUGUGUUUUGGGAUUGCGGUUUCUUUUUAACUGUUAUAUUUAGCUUGUCCCCUCCCAAAAAAAAACCAUUUCCCACAUAUGUCCUGUUAUUUUGAUUGUAUUUUAGGGGGAAGAUGUUAUUGUCUUAUUUAUGUGUAUUAUUGUGUUUGUUGCCGUGUGUGUGUGUAGUGACAUAAUAGGCGCCAUAUUGGGGACACUUAGAAUAGCCAUUUCCGCCAUAUUGACGACGUCAUGCGUCACAGCGGACGGGUGGAAUCGGACACUUCAGUAAUCCCAGAUGACGGACACUCCAAUUAAAGGCACAUUUAGGUACCUAAAAACAACUUGGAAACAAAGCACAACACACACGUCAUUCACUAUAACGUGCUAUGCACUGCUCGGUAAUUCAUUAUUUAAGUAAUCAUGUGUGAUUACUCAUGCUUGAUUGUACUUUGAGACAAUGCCCAGUCUUUGAUAGCAUCUAUGUUGGUAAUACAUUGAAGACCUAAUAACAAUAAAAUGAAAGUCUUUUGAGAAUGACAGUUAUUUCAAAUAAUCAGUUAAGUUGAAGAUUCUAUAUUCUUAGUCCUAAAAUGAUUUGGAAAAUUCUAGAGAGUUCUUAAUUCAAAACCGUUUUAAUUCUACCACUUUUACAAUCAAAAUUGUUUUCACACACUGGUGAAUUGCCAUAUUUUGUUGUCAGUCAGUCACAUGUAAUAUUUUUGGCUCAGAAACAAGUUAGUUUCGAAGUAUGUGAUUAAAUGUGUCUCUCACAUAAUACAUUGUUCAUCUGUUUAAAACUUCAAAUGCUUCCAUCCCUGUAUAUAUACUCCUUUAUGUAAUUUUUCAUGACCCCUGCACACUUGUGACCCUGUGGUAUUCACAUGCCAUGGUCUAAUUAAAAACACUUGUUGGGUGAGAUCUUCCAUGCGUCAUUCCAGUAUUGCUGCUAUGACUAUCAGCAGUCCAUCUCAUCAGUUAUGGCUUCAGCAAACAGCAAGUGUGGCAAUAUUAACUUUGCGAGGCGGGACACCUGUAAUCGGUGCGAUAAGGAAAAAGUGGAAAGCUUGAAAAAGAAGAAGUUAGGCCAUGAAAUUGGUAAAGCUGCUGCAGAGAAGAGCCGUGGGCUUUUCAGUGCAGAUGAUUGGCAGUGUAAUAAGUGUGGGAAUGUCAACUGGGCCCGCCGACAGUCGUGUAACAUGUGCAAUGCUCCAAAGUAUGGUGAGGUUGAAGAACGUACUGGUUAUGGGGGAGGUUACAAUGACCGUGGCGUUGUGGAAUAUGUACGCCGUUCGGACUCAGAUGAUGAAUAUGAUGAGUUUGGAAGAAAAAAGAAGAAAAAGAAUGGAGAGUCGAUUCCAGAAAAACCACGCAGAGUAGCAAAACUGGAUGUAGACCGUGAUGAAGAAGAUGAAGAAGAGGAUGAUGAGGAAGAGGAUGAUGAUGAUGCUGAUCUGUCCAAAUAUGACUUAGUUGGUUGGGGUGAUGACAGUGAUGCUGAUUCUGAACAACAAAAAAAGGACAAAGAAAAUCGUCCAAAAACGAGGCGGGGUCAUUCAAAGUCACGUUCCCGUUCCAGAUCUCCCACAAAUGAGGGAAAGAGCCACAAAGCUAAAUCAAGAUCAAGUUCAAGCUCGUCACAUUCAUCUGGAAGUGGAAAACGAGGAAACAGCUCGUAAUACAUUCAGGUUCAGGUAACAUUAAGAUGGAGCUGCACGUAGAUGAUGGUGUUUACAGUGAACUACAAGUUUCCUCUGGUACACGAUUAGUAUCCAUCUUUCUUGGUAAUGAUAUGGUAGUCCUCACAUAUAGUGCUUAAGGCUUUAUGCGGUCACUGAGAAAUAAUAGGCUUGCAGAGAAUUGUGAUUUCCUUAGCUAUAAUUAAUAUGGGAAGGAGUUAACAUGAAUGAAUAUAUUCAGCUGACUGAAUGCAGUUACUGAGCAUAUAUUGUUUAGUUUGUUUUCUUUAUGUGACAGGAUAUGUUAUGAUUUUUAACUUUGUUGAAAUGAAAUAAAAUGUAUUGUUUUCUUUUUUAUAGCAUUUAAAAGGUUCUAAUCACAGUAUCACCAGUGUGUUAGGCAAAAAACUUUUUUGUCUGUACUAAGGGUUUAAAUUUUUUUUUAGACCUUUACUAAGGUUACUGUGGGCUGUUACAUUUAAUCUCUUCAUAACAUUACCGACGUCCCAGUUGUCCAGAGUAAGUUACUUUGAGCUGUUGCAGGAAAUGUAUGUGCAAAGAAUUAAUGUUAUAUUGAGCAAUACUUGUUGCAUUUUAAUUUUUUAGCUUUUCGUUAAUCAAUAAAAGUGUUAUUGAAAACAA